AGAGCCGAGCUGUCGGAGGGCGACGUGACGGGAAGAGUCAAAACACAGCCUCGGAGAAAAAAAAGACAGAUAGAGCGAAAAUUGGAUUAUCUUGACAGAAUAUUACAGAUUUGAGCGGCGUAGACGCACCAGGAUACGUGGUGCGUUCGACUGCGCACGGUAGCGUUUCCAUGCGGUAAAAUAACGCCUGAGUUUUGGACUGGGGGUGAUUUGCCUAACCUUCCUCGUCAGGAAAAAAAAGACGUUUAGCGGGAGCAGCUCGCUGAGGAGUGGAUUCAAGCAACAGCGGAGCUGGAAUGUCCUGAGUCUGUCUGCUGGGCCCAGAGAGGGGUGAGCUGAUGGGACCUACUGCGCCGCCAUGAGCCUACAAGAUGGCGGCUGCGGCUACCCUAGCGGUGCUAACGCAGCCACCGCUAGUGGCAGCAUGCGGCGGCGCCUGGAGGACCAGGAGUUCACCCUGCGCGUCUACCCGGGCGCCCUGGCUGAGGGCACCAUCUACUGCCCUGUCAGCGCCCGCAAGAGCACCACAGCCGCUGAAGCCAUCGAGCGUCUCAUUGAGCGAUUGCGCCUGGAGCGUACCAAAUGCUAUGUGCUGGCCGAGGUGAAAGAGUUUGGUGGGGAGGAAUGGAUCCUCAACCCAGGGGACUGCCCUGUUCAGCGGAUGAUGCUGUGGCCGCGAAAUGCCUUGGAGAACCGCAGCGGCCUGGGCAGUGGUGAUGACUACCGCUUCCUCCUGCGGGAGAAGAAUCUGGAUGGGUCCAUCCACUACGGCGGCAGCCUGCAGAUGUGGCUGCGCGUGACAGAAGAGCGCCGGCGCAUGGUGGAACGGGGUUUCCUCCCCCAGCCUGCAGGGAGUGAGCACCCAGCUGACCUCUGUGCUCUUCCAGAGCUGACAGAGCGUGCCCUUUUAGAAAGCCUCCGUGCACGCUUCCGCCAAGAGAAGAUCUAUACUUACGUUGGGAGUAUUCUUAUAGUGAUAAACCCUUUCCAGUUCUUGCCAAUCUAUAACCCAAAAUAUGUCAAAAUGUAUGAUAACCACACACUGGGGAAGUUGGAGCCGCACAUUUAUGCGGUGGCAGAUGUGGCAUACCAUGCCAUGCUACAACGACGGAGGAACCAGUGCAUUGUCAUUUCUGGCGAGAGUGGUUCUGGGAAGACCCAGAGCACCAACUUUCUCAUUCAUCACUUGACUGCCCUCAGCCAGAAGGGAUUCGCCAGUGGGGUGGAGCAGAUCAUCUUGGGGGCAGGGCCCGUGUUAGAGGCCUUUGGGAAUGCCAAGACAGCCCACAACAACAACUCAAGCCGCUUCGGAAAGUUCAUCCAGGUCAACUACCAGGAGAGUGGCACCGUCAGGGGAGCCUAUGUGGAGAAGUACCUCCUGGAGAAGUCACGUCUUGUCUACCAGGAGCACAAUGAGAGGAACUACCAUGUAUUCUAUUACCUGUUGGCUGGAGCCAGUGAAGAGGAGAGGAAGACAUUCCACCUGCUCAAACCUGAGGAGUACCACUACCUCAACCAGAUGACAAAGAAAUCGCACAAACUCCCCUGGGACAAUUACUAUGAGAGCGAGCUGGACUGCUUCACAGUGGAAGGAGAAGACCUGAAACAUGACUUUGAGCGGCUGCAGCUUGCUAUGGAAAUGGUUGGCUUCCUACCUGUCACACGCAAACAGAUCUUCUCCCUGUUGUCAGCCAUCCUCCAUCUGGGGAACAUCCGCUACAAGAAGAAGACCUACCGGGAUGACUCCAUCGACAUCUGUAACCCGGAGGUGCUACCCAUUGUCUCAGAGCUGCUAGAGGUGAAAGAGGAAAUGCUGCUUGAAGCGCUGACAACCAGGAAGACGGUGACUGUUGGAGAGAGACUCAUCGUGCCCUACAAACUUGCUGAGGCGGGCACAGUGAGAGACUCUAUGGCAAAGUCACUAUACAGCGCGUUAUUUGACUGGAUCGUGUUCAGGACCAACCACGCCCUGCUCAACAACAAGGACCUGGAGGACAACGCCAAGAUUCUGUCCAUUGGAGUCCUGGACAUCUUUGGCUUUGAGGAUUAUGAGAACAACAGCUUCGAGCAGUUCUGCAUCAACUUUGCCAACGAGCGGCUGCAGCAUUACUUCAACCAACACAUCUUCAAACUGGAGCAGGAGGAGUACCGGGCAGAGGGCAUCACCUGGCAUAACAUCGACUACAUUGACAACAGCGGCUGCAUCAACCUCAUCAGCAAGAAACCCACAGCGCUGUUCCACCUACUGGAUGAAGAGUGCAAUUUCCCCCAGGCUUCUAACCAGACCUUGCUGGACAAGUUCAAGCGUCAGCACGAAGGAAACAGCUACAUUGAGUUCCCUGCUGUCAUGGAGCCUGCCUUCAUCAUCCGCCACUAUGCUGGCAAAGUCAAGUAUGGAGUUAAGGACUUCAGGGAGAAGAAUACAGACCACAUGCGUCCCGACAUUGUGGCUCUGCUGAAGAGCAGUAAGAAUGCCUUCAUCUGCGGCCUGAUGGGUAUCGACCCAGUGGCAACUUUCCGCUGGGCGGUGCUGCGGGCUUACUUCAGAGCCCUGGUGGCUUUCAGGGAGGCCGGCCGCAGACACACCAACAAGAAAACAGGGAACGAUGCAGCAGUUCCCUGUGCCGUCCUCAAGACAGUGGACAGCUUUAGUUUCCUCCACCACCCAGUUCACCAGCGGAGCCUCGAGAUCCUGCAAAGAUGCAAGGAUGAGAAAUACAGUAUUGCUAGAAAAAAUCCCCGCACACCUCUGUCAGAUCUUCAAGGCACCAACGCUCUGAAUGAGAAGGCCAGCUGGGAUGGAUACGGCGUAGGCUGUAAUGGCCGUAGCUCCCGGUCAAGUCGUCUGUCCUCGACAGGAAGCCCAGCCCUGGAAGAAGAUGGGAUCUUCCUCAACUCCACAAACAGCAAGCUCCUGGAGAGAGCUCAGGGCAUCCUGCUGAGGAACAAAAACUGCAAAAGUAAGCCCACUCUUCCCAAGCACUUGUUGGACAUCAAAUCUCUGCGCUAUCUGGGUAGUGUAACACUCCAUGACCGCAUCACCAAGUCCCUGCUUCACCUGCACAAGAAGAAGAAACCGCCCAGCAUCAGCGCCCAGUUUCAGGCAUCCCUCAACAAACUGAUGGAGACUCUUGGUCAGUCAGAGCCGUACUUUGUCAAGUGUAUUCGUUCUAAUGCUGAGAAACUCCCACUGCGUUUCAGUGACAGCCUAGUGCUCAGACAGCUCAGGUAUACAGGUAUGCUAGAGACCGUCCGGAUCCGCCAAUCAGGAUACAGUAUCAAGUACACCUUCCAGGACUUUGUGCAUCAUUUUCGUGUCCUGCUACCCCGUGGCACCAGUCCAACCAAGUCGGGCAUCAGAGAUUUCUUCCGCCAGAUUCACCUGCCACCUGCUGGAUAUCAAGUUGGAAACACAAUGGUGUUCCUGCGGGAGGCAGAGCGUCAGCGUCUCCAGACGCUUCUCCACCAGGAAGUGCUGCGGCGAAUUGUCAUGCUGCAGCGCCGCUUCAGGGCCGCCCUGGAGAGGAAGCACUUUGUCAAUAUGAGACAGGCCACCUGCAUCAUCCAGCAAUGGUGGCGACGCUGCCUUCUCAAGCAGUCAGAGUCAGCAGUCCAUCCCGGUGUUGAGGAAGGGGCAGCAGUUUGUCUGCAGGCAGCAUGGAGAGGCUACAGGGAGCAUAGGAGGUUCCUACAAUGGCGUAACUCCGCUCUGGUCAUACAGAGGAGCUGGAGAAACUGCUGCCAGCGGAGGACACGGGCAGCCAUUGUAGUUCAAACGGCCUGGAGAGGAUACAGGGAGAGGAACCACUACUGUAAAACAUACAGGACUGUGAUGCAUGUACAGGCGAUAGGCAGGGGAUACAUCGCCAGGCUCAGGUUUAGAGAGCUGAAGGAGCAGCAUGAAAGACAAAACGGUGAACCUCAAGAGAAAGCAGAGGGAAUGAUGGUCCUGGAUACAGGAACCAUCGAGGACCUCAGCCUACCAAGACAUGAAAAUGAAGUCCAGGAUCUCACAGAACCUGAUGAGGACUCCAAGUCGCCAUUGUUAGAUGUAUGUGACGCUGAAAAAGAAGAGGACACAGAAAGAAGUAGGAGCACAGAUGAGACAAGCCAUAGGACAAGGUCAAAGCGGGAGAGCAGACGGAUGAGAGAGCUCGAACAGGCACAGUUCAGCUUAGAGCUUCUAAAGGUCCGAACCACUAGUGUGGGAGGUGCUCUGCCAGAGGACUCGAUCCCAGGCAGUGGCGCCUGUCAGUUGGACAACAGUCACAGAAAUUCACCCCGGGGAUCCCUGGCUAGCCAUGGGAGCUUUGAACUGCUCAGUGUGGAAGACAUGGAGACGGAGGGUUCUGGAGAUUUCGGCUCUCAGUUGACUGUACAAGAACAUUCUAGCUUGGAAAUGCUCCAGCCUGAGAUUCAUCCACUGCAUGAGGGGCUUAGAGAUACAAACUACAAUGAAAAGGCCAUGAUGGAUUCGCCAAUCAAAGAGGAGGCUCCUAGAGCAACAUUUUUUAUUGCUUCUGACCAAAGCCCUGUUCAGGAACCGAAAUUUGAUAGCCCCAGCAAAUCAUAUAAAGAGAGAAGGGAGUCCACAUCUCGAAGGCCAGUAGUAGUGGUAAUCAGCAUGCAGAAAGAGAGCCCAGUGGAAGAGUGUGAGCUGCAGGCAGCCCAAGCCCUUGAAAGAGCUUCUCAAAUGGCAGUAAUGUCAUCCAGUUCCCACCUGACCUCCACUGCAGGUUUGGAGGUGGAAUUGGAAAAGGAACUGCCUCUUAGGACUACUACCCAGGUUACAAGAGAUCUGUCUGAGGGAGACACGAUCUCUAAGGUUCCCUCUUCCACCACCCUUGAAGCUCCAGGGGUUUGUUCCUCUGAGGUGGACAUCCAGAUCAUUAUGGAGCCUAAGACCAACGUUCCUGGAGUUCUCCCCAGUCAGCAGGAGAGGAGGGUUGGACGGCCUGCAAAGGAGGCAUCCAGCCCUAUUCUGGAGACCAAACCACCAAAAGCCCAGAAGAAGAGCUCAGCCCAGACUGUUAUUGUCAACAUGAUGGAAAAGCCCUCAAAUGCUGUUUUCUCACCGCCCAGACGCAAGCUGCCCUUCUCUAAGUCAGAUAAAGAUUUGGUUAACCAGGAAAGGUCACUAGCCCUGCUAAGAGAUGACACCUCCAGCUCCAGAGCUGGUGGAUCCAGAAACAGAGAGAAGCAGGUGGGCCGCCCAGGCCCCAAAAAGAAAGCACGAAUGUCCCGGACGCGCUCCGACUUUCUUACCCGCUGUAACUCGGAGGGGGCGACCCAGUCGGAUGAUGAUGAUGAAUACUACAUCCCUGCCCUCUCCUGCACGCUGCCCCCCACCCUGUCUCCCCCACGUGCCCACCCUGAGGCUGACUGUCACAGUGACUCUGAGAUGCCUUCUCAUAAAGAUCAGAAGAAGAUCCAUAAGACCAUGUCAUCAGGAGACUUGGGCAAAGUGGAGGCCCUCAGAAAGACAUCCAGCCAGGAUGGAAGCAGGAUGAGAGGAAAGAUGCGAUUCUGGAGUAAGACGAAGCACGGCGAGAAAAAACUGUCAAGAGACAAGCAGGGCAGCAGGAGUGAUGCUGGUGAUGCACAUGAGGGCCCAUCUCCUCCACACAGCCCAGACCUAGCAGGUGCUCCUCCACGGGGGACCAGGGAGAGUAAGGAAAACAAAGAGCCUUCUCCUAAGAUGAGAAGGCGCCGCAGCUUCAAGAUCAGCAGCAUCGCUUUGGAACCGGCCCAGUGGCAGAAUGACGCCCUACACAUCCUCACCUCGGCCCAUGACUACCGCAGCAUGAACGACUUCCUCAUGAAGAAGAUUGGUGACUUGGAGUCUGAGGACGGUAAGAAGGACACCAUGGUGGACGUCGUCUUCAAGAAGGCCCUGAAGGAGUUCAGGAUCAACAUCUUCAACUCUUACUCCACUGCCCUGGCUAUGGAUGAUGGGAAGAGUAUACGUUACAAAGACCUGUACGCCCUGUUCGAGCACAUCCUGGAGAAGACCAUGCGUCUGGAGCAAAGGGACUGGUGCGAGUCACCUGUCAAGGUGUGGGUCAACACCUUCAAGGUCUUCCUGGACGAGUUCAUGACUGAGUACAAACCCAUGGAAGGAACCAUUGGCAGGGCUCCCAAACCUGAACGCAAGAAGAGGAGAAAAAAGGAAACUGACAUUGUGGAGGAGCACAACGGCCACAUCUUCAAGUCCACUCAGUACAGCAUCCCCACCUAUUGUGAAUACUGCUCCUCCCUCAUCUGGAUGAUGGACCGAGCCUGCGUCUGCAAAUUGUGCCGCUACGCCUGCCAUAGGAAGUGCUGCUCCAAGAUGACCACCAAGUGCAGUAAAAAGUAUGAUCCAGAGCUUUCAUCACGGCAGUUUUGCGUGGAGCUGUCCCGUCUCACCAGCGAGGAGCGCACAGUGCCCCACCUAGUGGAGAAACUCAUCAACUACAUUGAGAUGCAUGGCCUCUACACUGAGGGAAUCUACAGGAAGUCUGGCUCCACCAAUAAGAUCAAAGAACUCCGGCAGGGGCUGGACACAGAUGUGAAUAGUGUGAGCCUGGAUGACUACAACAUCCACGUCAUCGCCAGCGUGCUCAAACAGUGGCUCCGUGACCUGCCCAGCCCUCUCAUGACCUUUGAACUUUAUGAGGAGUUUCUUCGAGCCAUGGGUCAACCAGACAAGCGGGAGGUGAUCCGAGGGGUGUAUUCUGUGGUCGACCAGCUCAGCAGGACCCACCUCAGCACACUGGAGCGCCUCAUUUUCCACUUGGUCAGGAUUGCCCUACAGGAGGAGACCAACAGGAUGUCAGCCAAUGCUCUGGCCAUAGUGUUUGCUCCGUGCAUCCUGCGCUGCCCCGACACCAUCGACCCGCUGCAGAGCGUCCAGGACAUCAGCAAGACUACCGCGUGUGUGGAGCUGAUCAUCAAUGAGCAGAUGAGCAAGUACAAGGCUCGUCUGAAGGACAUCAGCAGUCUGGAGUUUGCAGAGACUAAGGCCAAGAGCAGGUUGACUCACAUUAGGAAAUCCAUGAAACCAGUACUAAUUGCUGUUAGGUUUAUGAGCAUAACCCGCACUGCCACCCCGAGCAAAAGCCGUGUACGGCAAAGCAGCACCCAUACCCCCUCACCGCCUCUCAGCCCCAGGGUGCCUCCAGCGGCGGAUGGAGACAGUGCAGGAGGAGGAGGAGAUGAUGCAGCAGAGGCGGGGCUCAGCGAGCAGCAGCAGUUGGCCAUGCAGCAGGAGGAGCGAGUCCUCACUGAGCAGAUCGAGAGUCUGCAGAAGGAGAAGGAGGAAUUAACAUAUGAGAUGCUGAUCUUGGAGCCGCGGGCAUCAGAUGAUGAGACUCCUGAGUCAGAAGCCUCCAUCGGCACAGCAGAUAGCUCUGAGAACAUCACCAUGGAGACGGAAGGAGCCGCCUCCGAGCCCUCUGCAGAGCGAAGCACCUACCGCUCCAGGAAGUCGGAGGCCAAGAGCCGACGAGCCCUCCGCCGCCAGCCUGACUCCCAGGACUCAGCUGACUCUGCGUCCACCGUCUCCUCUUUGCACCACCUAUCGUCCUCUCUCUCAUCCAACACCUCUGGCUCUCCGUCUCCCCACUACCGCUUCCGCUCCUCCUCCUCCGGGCCCCUGCUCACCUCCUGCGGCCUGGGUGCCCCCCUGGCCGAAGCAGAGGGGGGACCCAAAACAGGUAAAAGCCGUCACAGGCUCAGGCUGAGCCGCAGCUCACCCCGCGAGCCCUCGGACAGCCACCGGAGGGACCCGGACUUCAGCUCAGCGCCACAGCAGCUGGUUCUGUACGGCAACAAUGAGUUCAUGGUGUGAAGUGAAGGAGGGAAGGGUUAAAUGCUCAGUGUCGCCGCCCGUCCCAGUGCAGGGUGGUGCGUGUGAAGGGGAGGAGGGAGAGUCUGUGGUCAAACGAGGCUGGUCACGGGGCGAGGUUAGUGCCCGACGCUGCCUGCUGCCCCUCCUCAGUGCCCCCAUCCCACACCCCUGCACCCCCUUCCUCCCCCUGUGCCAGUCAAUGGACUGCUGACAGAUGUGGGGACAAGAGAGGAGAUGACAAGCAACUGACAAGGAAGAACGAUGGAUGAUGCAAGGAGGACUAAUGUGAACGGCAGAGUGAAUUAGGUAGGAAACAGAGACACAGUUGGGCCUCUUGUUGACCCUUAACCUCAACACAUGAUGCUGUUUGACCCCUGCUGGAGCACCAGGGGUCAGCUAGGAGGGAGAAAAAGGGAAGGAAGAGUGGGAUGACAUAACGUCCGGACCUGCAAAACCAAAUCUAUUGUGCCCCCUGUUUUGUUUUGUUUUGUUUUUGUUAUGUUUUUUUUAGCAUGUGGGCAGGUGGUUGAAACCACUCAAAAGAAAUGUAGCCAUACUGACUGGACUGGCAGACAUUUUGUCUGCAACCAGCACCAAGAUAACUCUGCUUUUCACAUUUACACGGGGCAGACCAGCCAAGAGGCUGCAUGCUUCUCCAUCACACUUUUUCCUACGUCCGUUUAAAGAGACUGUACAGGAAUACAUUCUGAAUAGACCAUAUGUUGUUAUUAUUAUUAUUAUUAUUAUUAUUAUUGUUAUUAUUAUUAUUAUGUUACAGAGGAAAAAAGUGUACAUAGAAAGAAAGUCCAGUGCUGCUCCUGGGUCGUCCAAUAUUGAUUAUUUGUCUCUCUCUCUCCUGUUCUCUCUCUUUUUCGUCAGAAGUAUUUUGCAAAGUGAAGUGUAUGGAAUUCAGGUUCUGCUUUUUGUUCCGGUGCCAGUUUUGCCUGAUUUACGUUGUCAUUUUGUUUUCUCUUCUCUCGUUUUACAAUGGACAGAGCCACAAAGGCAUCCUCUGCCAACACCAGGUUAAUUAAUACUUGUGAAAAAUAAUUGUGAUUGCAAAGGAGAAGUUGUGGAUCUGCGCUCUCAGUGCUGUUUUUCUGUUGUCUCACGUACUUUACAUGAGGUGUCAAGUGUCUUUCAGCCACAAUGUAUAUGUACAUACCUUUCCCAGCCUGCAUCUCCCCUCCCAGAAAGCAUCUGUUUCUCUUUUCUUUUCUUUUUUUUCACAAAACAUCAGUGUUACUAAGUCAGGACUUGAAUUUUUUUAAGUUUUUAUAUUAUUGCUGUACUAUAGGUGUCACUGUUGUUAUUGAUAUCAAAGAUGUCAUGUUUUUGUUGUCAAUAUUGUCAUUACCUCCAAUGGUAAUGGUUGAUUUUUGUUGAAAUGAAAGCCAUUUUCUCCUCUGUGUGUGUGUGUGUGUGUGUGUGUGUGUACAGUGUGCGUGUGUGUACAGUGUGCAUGUACAGUAUGUUACAGUAUAUGUGUGUAUGAGUGAGUGAGAGAUGACUGCUGCCACUUCAGUCAGCUCCCACUUUGUGCAUUUGUUGUCUGCUCUGAUUAUAGCAGAAGACACACCCGCACAUACACACACAUCAGUGUCUCCCCUAUUCUUUUUCAAAUUAUCAGGGUGGAAAAGCCUCUCUAGCAGUGUGUAGACCAUCGAGAUCCCACUGAAGCCAAUUGGUGACUUCACAGCUCCUUAAAACAGGGUGACCCACUGCAUCUAUUCAGUUCUAGGGGAAACUAACACACACAUACACACAUGCCGUCCAUGUGUUCAUGAUGUCCUCUGAGCCAUCAAGAUUGUUUGUCUCACUCUCCUCUAGGUGUUACCAUGUUGAAUAAUGGCUCUUCCUUCCCGGCUCUGGCUGUGAAAAGUAGCAUUUAAACUCUCUGUCUCCCCGGACAUGGAACAGUAGCAAUCAAAUCAGACUGUCUAUAUGCUUUAUCAACUCUUUCUGCUUAUUCUCUCUCUGCAUACAGUAUCUAUACAGUGUAAUAUCCAGUCUGUCUCCGUUAUAUGGAUCUUCUCAGUAGCUUCACAGCAAUGAUGUCUCGGUACUCUAGCUGCAGUUUCUCUUCUUGCUUGCCGUAAUUGUGAUCAGAUCUCUUUGGGCCACGUUAACAUAGCCAAUCUCUCACCAACACAAUCAGUGUUAAUCAACUCUCCUGGAAAAUGGGAGUGUCGGUCCUACCAGUGGGGCUGAUUCAGGAUUGUUCCAGUCUCAGUUUUGACACAGGUGGAGACUUGCAGGCAGUGUGUUGUUGAGGUUGCUGGUAAUCACAGGUUGGAGAUGAGGGUUAAACAGCUCAUACUGUAGGCCUGCGUUUUAAAAAAAAACAAAAAAAAAAAACAACAACAACUGCAGGCUCGGAGGUGAGCCGGAGGAUGUUUGAAACGACGGGAGGGGUCGAUUCAUUCCUGGUCAAAUAUCCACAGGCUGUUAUUUAAGAAGAUGGUAUUUGUACAUGUCUAGGCUGUCCAUAUGGCAUUCU